AUCGCAUCGUGAGGAUGGCAUGACCACCAUAUAAGCCAUCAUGUCGCCCAUAUUGAUAUCGAUACAACUCACAGUCCCUUCGCCUCCAUCACUACAGACCUGCAACAAACACUGAACGCCUCAAUCCACUCACUCAGACGACCGACUCAAUUCACCAUGCGUUUCGCUCUCUCUACUCUUAUCGCUGUUGGCAGCCUUGUCGCAGCCGACAAUAUCUACACCUACACUAAGCCCGGAUGUUUCGGAUGCGCCUUCUUCUUCAAGGACAUCGACCACAACAUCUGCGCCGUGUCCAUCACAGGCAACGCGUCUUCUACUGCCGAUGCCAUCUCUAAAGGUCUGACCACGGUCCAAUCCGGCAAGCUCGAAGUCCAAGAGUGCGGCAAGAAGCAAUUCUUAGCCUGGGACGAAGGUCCCGGAUCCAAUGCCGACGGAAAGCUCCAGUGUGGUACUAUAGCCAAGAAGGUCCCCGUCUACGAAACCUCGACAUGCAUCUCCGGUGGUGACUUCCACGGUUUCAGCUGGACCGAGCCUGGUUCGGACGGUAGCGACUCCAACUCCAAGAGGCAGGCGGCUGAUGAUGUUUGGACUUGCACCGGUUCGACUGAGCCCGACGCCGUGUACCUGGGCGGAAAGCAUUACAUGACCAAGGGUAUUGACCGGGCAGAUGCAGACAUGUUGAUGGAGAUGGCUUGGAAUGACAACGGUGAUGUUCCUGCUGACUUUGAGAAGUAUGCUUUCACUCCCGAGUUCUAGGUAUUCAGUGGACGAGAAGAGCAGAGUUCAGUUACAUGGUGCUUGUUCCUGUAUACAUCGUUCUCUAUCAGUACUGUGCCGUAGAUAAUACUGCGCAUAGCGGAUUAGACCGUUGUGGUCUGUUUGGUGGUCGCAGCCUUCUUCAAUACACCUUCCACUUCAUCAUCAUGUAUUACCUUUUGCGCCUUCAACAAGUUCCUCUAGCACCUUCCUUACAAAUCGUUUCAUAUGCAAGCAACAGGCCAUCCCCAGAGGCUAUGAUGUCAAGAAUGGAGGCUAUUGAUUUGGUGAGUUGACGCAGCAUGUUACGACGCGAGUCGUGCGCUUCUCUGAAGGGAGUCAAGAAACUUGUCUUCAAUCGAACGGGAAGUACUAAACAGGUUUUGCGUUCACCAUGGCCUCAUAAUUCCAUGUAGUGAGAGUAGGCAGAAGGAGUAAAGAAGUAAAU